GAUGGUAACGGUGCGGAUGUGCAGCGUGGUGGUAUUGGUCACAGCAAGGAUAACAGUGCUGAUAGUACUGGCAAUGAUAACACAAACAGUUACCAGUUGAAAUGA